GGAUGACUGAAGCUAUCACCUUGCUAAUCCUUGCUGUCCAAACUGGCCUCAUUGAGCUGCAGGAGUUUGUGGAAGCACUUCCGUGCAGUUUCUCUCUGUCUCUUCCUGCUGAUCUUUCCAGCGUACAUGGCUUAUAUGAUCUGCCAGUUCUUCCACAUGGACUUCUGGCUUCUCAUCAUCAUCUCCUCCUCAAUCCUCACCUCUCUCCAGGUUGCGGUGUGCGUGAUGUGCUAUGGUGUAUCAGAGACUGUAUUUGGCGAGUGGAGUGUGAUGGGAAGCACCAUCAUCUUGGUCCACUCGUACUAUAACGUCUGGCUCAGAGCCCAGCUGGGCUGGCAGAGCUUCCUGCUCAGGAGAGAUGCUGUACACAAGAUAAAAAGCCUCCCUACAGCUAGCAAUACACAGCUGGAGCAGUAUAAUGACAUCUGUGCUAUCUGCUUCCAGGACAUGACCAGUGCUGUGUUCACUCCGUGCAGUCAUUUCUUCCACGCUGGCUGUCUGAUGCCCUCUCUGUCGUUCACAACAAGAGCCAAUCACCAACUAACCGUGGAGCUACCCGAGGUACACCUGCAGCCAAUCAGAACCCUGCAGGACAGGAAGAAGGCACUCUACUGGAUGACAGGAAAGAGGGAGCGUCAGUAA